CGCCGUCGUGGAAGGAGGAGCCGGAGGAUGUAUCAGUAGUCGUAGGCGCUGAUCUGAUCCUAUCCUGCGCCGCCCAUGGCUCCCCGACGCCCACCAUCACCUGGAGGAGGGCGGAGGGGGGCGUCCCGAGGCAGUACAGGCCCGUCACUACACUGGGGGACAACGUGAGAGUGGAGAGGAACCGCAGCCUGGUGGUGGCGGGCAUCAGGAGGCACCAGGGCGGGGAGUUCCUAUGCAGUGCGUCUAACGGUGUGGGUUCCGACCUCUCCAAGUCUGUCUCUGUCACUGUGAAGGUGCCGCCCCAGUUCAAGGAGGUGGGAGGAGAACGUGACAGUGACGGCGGGUAGAACGGCACGAUUGGUCUGUGAGUCACAUGGGGACCUGCCCAUCACUGCCAUCUGGUCCUUUGGUAGCCCGCCUGCUAGGAUCUCGAGGGGAAUGAACAAUGGUGGAAUGACGAUCAGGGACACCAUUCUCAACACCACCUCGUCCUCAUCCUCUGAGUCCUCGCGCCUCACGCCGGGGGCCGAGGAGGGCGAGGGCUUCCGGUCAGUGCUGACGGUGCCCACCAAGACGCGCCAUGACUCCCAGGUGUUCUUCUGCCUCGCCUCCAACAUUUAUGGCAACGACACCAAAAAGAUCAACCUCAUAGUGCAGGAGGUGCCAGGGACGCCAGGAACGCCAAGAGUGGUGGGCAGUGGCUCCCGGGCUGUCAACCUCACCUGGACAGCUCCCUCACACGAUGGCAACUCACCCGUGUCCCUCUACCGGAUACUCAUCAUCAACAGCACAGACUCGUGGAUGAAUGCAGGGCGCAUCCGUGCGGUGGAGGUGAGUGGCCCCGGUAGCCACAUCCCCGGCCUGGCCCCAGCACAUGCCUAUCUGGUGCGAGUGGUGGCCGUCAAUGGUGUCGGCACCUCCCAGCCCAGCCAAGAGGUGCGGGUGUCCACUGCCCAUGAGCCGCCCACUCUGCCACCAACCAAUGUGCGAGUCAUUCCCAUAUCAUCUACCAGUCUCCGAGUGACGUGGCAGCCCCCGGAGUCCCCAGGCCCCAGACACCGGCCGGGACUUGGAUACUAUGUGGGUUACAAGGUUGCUAAUUCAUCGGAGCCGUUCCGCUACCACAACCUGGAGGCAUCAGCAGCAGCCCUCUACCGCCCCGAGGCCACACUGAAGGGCCUGCACAAGUUCACCAGCUACCUCAUCACUGUGCAGGCUUUCAAUGCUGCCGGGGCUGGGCCGAGGACACCACCACUCACUGCCGCCACAGAAGAGGAUGUCCCCAGUGAGCCUCCCCGUGAUGCCCAGUGCACCAGCCUCUCCUCCACCUCACUGCUGGUCAGGUGGACUCCCCCACCACCCUCGGCCAUCCAUGGGGUGCUGCAGGGAUACAAGAUCAUCUACCGUCCCGUGCACCCCACCAGGUUCUUCCACCCAGAUGACCUGAAGGAGAAGACGGUUUCCACCGUGUCAACUCCCCUUCUUGGCCUUGAUCGCUACACCAACUACAGCAUCACCGUCACUGCGUACACCAGGAGAGGGGAUGGGGUGCGCUCCUCUCCAAUCUACUGCAUCACUGAAGAAGAUGUGCCUGGUCCAGUGGAGGCAGUGAAGGCCCUGGCAGUGGACAGCCAGAGUGUGCUGGUGGCAUGGCGGCCACCCAGCCAACCCAACGGUGUGAUAACCAAGUACACUGUGCACGUCGACCAGCCCGACCAGCAGGUGGGCAGUCCCUCAUGGGGGGUGCCAGGGCCUCACAGUGGAGUGGGGGCAGUGUGGGAGGUGGGCGGAGGUGAGGGAGGAGGGCGGUCGUGGGUGGUGUCUGGUGGAGAGAGGCAGUACCUGGUGGCCGGUCUAGUUCCUGCCACCACCUUUGGAUUCUCAGUGCGAGCUUCCACACUGGUGGGUGACGGUCCCCCUGGUCUGCAUGUCACCCAGCGUCCCCGGCCAGACGCCCCCGCUGCCAUCGCCUCGUUCUCAGACAAGACAAUUGCCAUAUGGGGGGAGGAGUUGCGUCUUGCAUGUCGUGUGGUGGGCAGCCCGACACCUUCACGCAUAUGGACCUUCAAUGGCAAGGGCAUCCCACAUAACCAGGGGAGGGUGAAGGAGUACCCAGAUGGCAGCCUGUUGGUGGCAGAUGUCAAGGCGAGGGAUGCUGGGAACUACACCUGCACCACCACCAACCUUCACGGCUCUGAUGCCAUCACCUAUUCUGUCACUGUGCAAGCCUCCAGGGAUCAGGGAGUGCCACCUGCCCCACCACUGGUCUAUGUGUCGGAUGUCACAGCCUCCACACUGACAGUUCGGUGGCGCUCCACCAGUACUGGCGGCGCCCCCAUCCUCGGCUACUACCUCCACAAGAAGAGGGAGUUUGGGGAGUGGCAGCGAGUGGAGGUGCCAGAGGACGCUGACUCCUACACCUUGACGGGGCUGCAGUGUGGCACACGCUAUCAGGUGUAUGUAACGGCCUUCAACCAUGUGGGUGCCUCGCAGCCCAGUGAUGCCAUCCCCACCAAGACCCUGGGCAGAGAGCCCAUUGUGCCCGCCCAGUCUUCCCUCCUGCGGGUGAAUGUGACAUCCAUCUCCCUCAACCUGGCUGCCUGGCUGGAUGGUGGCUGUCCCAUCACCUCCAUGGUUGUGGAAUAUAAGCCUCUCCCAUCUCUCCAGGAGCGAGACAUGAGCUCCUGGACACUGGUGUCGAAUCACGUGCGGUGGGACAACACAAGUGAGUUCCUGGUUCUGGACCUGAAGCCUGCCCACCACUACACCCUCAGAGUCACCGCCCAUAACUCGGCAGGCUCCUCCGUGGCCACCUACCCCUUCACCACCCUCACCCACCUCGGAGCCACCCUGUCACCAGAGCUGAUGGUGCAUGACCGGGCCGGUGCUGUUCCCUGGUACCUCGACUCCCAUGUACUGGUGGCUGUUGUGGUGGCCUGCAUCCUGGUGUUGCUGGCCGUGUGUGUUGCCGUGGCCUACACUUGCCGCAGGACCAACACACACACACAGACAUACAAGGCAGAGGUCAAUCAUGUCCACAACGACCUCACACCAGAUUCAGGCCUGACCUCAGAGACACUGUUGGGAGGCCGCAGCUUGGAGAUCCUGGAGGCGUACACUCCCUCCACACUCCCACUGGGCUCCUAUGAUGAGAUCUCCCCCUAUGCCACCUUCAGGAUGCCAGGAGAGACUAAAACUCCUCCCCCACCGCCACUCCCUUCGCGAGGAGAGCUGCCCGGCACUCUCAAGCCCUCCCUCCCACAGCCCGAUGUGAGCCUGGCCGAGUCGACCUACUCCAGGGUGAAGCGCAAGUGUUCGGCGAGUCAAGACGGAGGCGUCCCCAACCCCUCCCGCCCCGCCCCGAGUGAACACCCCUCAGACAAGGCCUCUAAGGGGGCCAAGGGGAAGGGAGCAGCCCGGGGCCCCAGCAAUGCUGAGAAAGGUGCAGCCAGCAAGGAGGCAAGUGGCUCAUCUGUCACUUCAGUCAGUUCUAACCAUGAGGAGCUGGUGCGUGCCUACCACGCCCACAGCCACACCAACGGCGGGCCAACCACACCCGAGUCUGGCCGCAGGAACAAAUGCGGUGUGGUGACAAGUAGUGAGGUCACCACUGAAUCUGACACACCUGCUGAGCCUGACCUGGUGUCAUUCUGUGCUGCCCUGGGCAACAACCGAGCCCUGCGAGUCCCUGCCCUCUUCAAGCCAGACGGGGACUACCAGACUGUGGCUGACAUGGUGGGUGGCGGUCGCUCCAGGACAGAGUCGACCACCAGUCACGAGGAAAGUUCAGACGAGGCCAGAAGUGCGUCAUCCCACCGCAGGUCACGGGGACAGGAACUGCAGGCCAGGCAGGGUCACCGUCCCUCCCGCGGCGACCCAGAUUAUAGCUAUGCUCGCCCCGUGAAGAAGCAGUGCCCUCCCCCUCCUCCACUGUCCUCCACUGAAAGCAACAGUGCUGAAUAUGGAGAGGGCAGCCAGACCACAUACAGCCGUCGCCACACACUAGAGUUUUCUGAGGCAGAGUGCGACCACCCCUCCAUCAAGCAAGCAGGAGUGGAGCCUCUGGAGCAGCUGAUGGCUGACCUGGAGCUGGAGAAGAUGGUUCAGGAUGCCAGCAAGACAGCUCUUUGACACUUCCAGUAGUGGUAGAAGCCUCCCCCCACCACCCUCACUCCUCUGCCACUGCUGACCACAACACUGAGGCUGUAUUCUUCAGGACUUGAUUGUUGCUUGGACUUGAGGCUUCCCUGCUUGGUAACACUGUUCUUAAACACUGGGCUUUCACUGCAACAAUCUCCAAGGUUUACAGAGAUGAUUAGUCAGGUUUCCCUGAAUAUUUUUCUCACUAGUGGAAAAUCCUCUUUUAAAGUAUCACUAGAAUCAUGAAAACCCAAUAACUUCUAUUUCAUCUUGUUAAGUGUUAUUAAGAUACAAUGCCAAAGUGUUUGAGAAUACAGAGCCACAGUUGGCUUAUUGCUUUGAUCUCUGGCUGAGUGUGUGAACUGGUGUCCUGAGUCUUGUGUCAGGCUGUUGGUGCUUCAAAGGGAUGUGGCAGCUGCUGGGUGAUGGAGGUUGAGGCUUCCAGCCGUGCAUACAGCCCUCAGCUUCAUGCAGGGUGGUGCACUAGGGUGUUCUUGUCAAGCUUGCUUAUAUGAGUUGCUGUUGUUGUGUCCACACUUGCCUCAUACAAGUAAUAAGUGAUUCUCAGUGAGUGUUAUGUUGUGGUGGUGCAAGAUGCUGCUGAGGCUGGAGUUUUGUCCCAUUGUAUUGUUGGUUGGUUAAGAGUCAUUGUGUGUCAACAUAUGAAAUUUGUUCAAUACUUUGCUUUACUAAGUUGUCACAAGAGUACUGCAGUCAUCAGUUCAGUAAGAUAACUGCAAGAGUCAACAAGCAAUCAGUAAAUAAUGAGGCAGAUUAAAGAGUUCAAAGAGGUAGAAAACAAUUUUUUUACUAAAAAGUUACUAAGGAAAGACCAGGUAAAGUAGAAUAUUCUAAGAAGUAGAAGAUGAAAUAUUUAAGUUUUUGAAACAACAAAAGAUGAGGCAGGAUAAAAAAUUAAAAGUAGUAAAAGACAGAGUUUUUUGUGUGAACAGAUGCAGGGAAGACAAAGCAGACUAGAGAAUUCCAAGAGCCGCACAUAUGUGAUGGAGUGAUGGUUAACAAAAGAUGAGGCAGAGUUGAAAAAUGAUGGAUUCAUGUUCCAGUUACCACUUCAUUAAAGUAAUGACAAGUGUCAGCAAGUAAUAAAAUGGAAUAAUUUCUGAGAUGACAAGUUACUAACAAGUUUUGACCCAUUUGAUAACAAGUUACCAUAGAUGACCAAGACAUCUCCACUCUCAUACAUGACUGCAGGAGCUGAGUGACUGUAAGGGAACAAGUAUAAUCCCAUACAUGUUAUUGGUUGUUUUGAAUAAUCACCAGAUAGCAGUGGAGUAAGAUACCACUUGGUCUUACCAAUGACUGCUGUAAAUAAAGUCCAGAUAUCAGAGGGUGUUACAAGGUACAUACUAUGACAGGCAGGUACCAAGGAGUAUGGGACUACACCAGGUACCACAGUGUUUGUAUAUGAUAUCAUGGGUGCUAUAAAAUGGUCACCACAUAUGUGCUAGAGGUGGUUGUGUAGGAUGACCAGAUACCAGGGACUGUUGUUGUAUGUACAGUACAUGGAUACAAGUGCUAGGAGCUGUUACUUAUGGUUACUGUAUAGUGGUGUUGUAUAUUGUUAUCAGAUACCACUGAAGAAACAUACUAGGAACUUUAAUAAUGGUUGUUAAUUACUAGAGAAGGUUAUGAUUUAUUUUUAUUUUUAUUUUCUUUUUCUUUAGGGUACUAGGGGCCAUACAUGAGGAGCAAAGGCUUCAAUAAGUACACGUACGAUACCUUAUGACUAGGGGACAGGGCAGGGUAGUAUACAUAUGCAUACAUACCUAUGUGUUAAUACAACAAAUCAUGACGACGUUUGUAAAUAUAUUAUUGUAUGUAAACUUGAAUAAUGAUUCUAUAUAUGAGCUUCUGUACUGAAAUGUGAUAAAUAUGUAUAUUGUAAUGGUAGUUGGAGGUUGUGUUAGGUUGUACCACUGGAAAGGUGUAAUGUGAUAGGGUGACUCAGGUGAAUGGAAGAAAGGUGAGGCUGAGGAAAGGAUGAGUGGACAAAAGAUAACAUAAGGAAAAGAAUUCUGAGAGACUAAUGAUUUUUUAGAGAUGAACCAGGAAAGAUGUUGAAGUUUAACUAAUGAGUGUGUGAAAGGCAAAGCAAGGAAGACAGUUCUGAGAGAUAAAGGACAGAGUUUCUUUUUCCUUGCAUUUGAACAAAAGUUGAAACCACAAAUAUAAUUAUAAACAGUCAGAGAUUAAGUAUUUUUUACAAUGAUGAGCAAUGAGGGAAAAUAGAGAAUCCAUGGUGAAUAAUUUUACACAUGCAUGAAGGCACAAAAGGUGAGGCAGGGAAGAGAAUUUAAAGUAGUAAAAGAAAAUAAUCCACAUAUAAGUGAAUAAACAGAGACAGAUGAGAGAAUCAAAUAGUAAAAGGCAUAGGAUUUUUGCACAUAAAAAAAUGAAUGAAAGAUGAAACAAGGAGGAAAGUUUAAAGUGGUGAAAGAUUAUGAAUUUUUACAUAUAAGUGAAUAAACAGAGACAGAUGAGAGAACUGAUCAAUAAAAGAUGAAGAAUUUUUACUUGUGAACAAAUGAAUGAAAGACGAAACAAGGGAGUUAAUUAUAAGUGGUGAAAGAUGAUGAGUGAAUGAACAGAAGACGAGGCUGAAGAGAGACCAAAGAAAUAAAAUGACAAAGGAUUUUUUAUCAUCAUUCUUACAUAACUGUUGAAAUUUUUGAUGUGAAGUACAUACAUACAUACAUACAUACAUACAUACAUACAUAUUAAGAAGAACGUCCCAACUUAAAUAUAUACGUGCAUACAUACGUGUUGUGUUGUGCCCCACACCUGCUACUGUUUUGUGUUGAUUAUCUUCCUCCUCCUCCACACCUGGUCACCUUCAGACAUCAUUACUUCUUACCUGGAAUAUGUUAGAAAAUUGUUUUUAUUUCUACUUUUUUUGCAUUUUAUAAAAAAAGAUUUUGUCUUUUUAACUUUUCUUUGGCUUGUUUUCAGACAUGAACUUUUUUCUGACCAGUUUUUUCUCAGACUUACAUUUUCACUCACUUAUUGAAUCAAUAUGUUCUCAGCUUGUAUCUUCAGUCAUGGAUUUUCAUGUAACCUUCACUAACUUUAUUUGAACUUACAUUUUCAGUCACUUUUUUUGUAACUUGGUAAACUUUUAUUUGCUUUGUACGUUAUCACAAAACAUUGAAAGGUGCUGAAAAUUUUAACUCCUAACUUGAAAUGUAUUUUAUGUAUAGUAAUCUCAUUUAUUAUUUUCUUUCCCAUUCCCUUUCUUAAUCCUUCCUUCCUCUCCUCAUCUCUUCCUCACUUAUUUCCUUCCCCUUUAUAGUUGACCACACUGCUCCACACAUUCUGCUGCUCCUAUUGUUCCCACACUCCCCAAACCUACUCCACACACAUCUCCAUUCCUGCUCCACACACACUGCCUCACCUGGUGUCCACUGUUCCCUCUACCAUUUUCUUUUCACUGCUGUUAAUCAUUAUGCAAGUGUCUGUGCAUUUGCUGGUCUGUGUAUGUAAAUAUGUCUGUAUAUAUUCUGUGCGUGUGUGAACAUUUGUGAUUUCACACUUUGAAGUUUUGUAUAAAUAAACAAUGCACCAUU